ACUGUGUGUUGGUACGCAGGAUUUUGAUACGCAUAGUUGCACCCACCCAGAAACAAGGGGGGGCUCACUGCGACGUCCCAAUCACGUGGCUGUCCCAUCGAUGAGGGCUCCUCUCCCCACCUACCCCUCUCUCUCUUUCUCUCUCUCUCUCUGCUCCUCUGCACGGCCAGCGAUGCUGAGGCUGCGGUGAGAGAUGAGGAGUUGCUGCUCCGGCGCGUAGAGGCGAAAGUUAUGGCACGGCCAUCCUCCUCCUCCUCGCAGCAGAGCAGAGCGUCCCGGAGCAGUUUGUGCCACAGUCCCGCACCGGGAGCGCGCAUUGCAUCUCCAGACACGCGAGAAAUCCCUCUCACGCAGCCCGUCAAAUCAAUCUAAGUGUGGGGAAAAUAGGGUCUGAGGCGAGUCGGCGGCGACAGGAGAGGGAAAUUUACAGUUUAUUCUUUCAGAAGUGAGUAAGGGGCGCAAUGUUAAAGAUAACCGACCCGCAGCUGCGCACGGUUUGAAGCUGAACUGGUUGCAUCCGUAGUUCCAAGUGCUCUUCACCAAUCCUUAGAAUGAGGCUAUAGGACUUCUGAGUCCUUUCUUCACCUGCAGUGCCUUCAGGGACGGCUCCAAGACAGCAUUACAGUGAAACAAAGGCCACCAUGAAUCUGUUCGGCAGAGACGCCAUGACCACAAAGAAGGAGAAGGAGAAAGAAAUUCAGUAUGCUGACCCUCCAGAUGGAGGCUGGGGCUGGAUGGUGGUGCUCCAUUGUUUCCUGGUAAAUGUUCUUGUGAUGGGCACCCUCAAAAGCUUUGGGAUCUUCUUUGUGGCAUUCCAAGAUGAGUUUGGUGGUUCGGCAGAGAGCAUCAGCUGGAUAGGUUCCAUCAUGUCUAGUUUACGUCUGUCUGGAGCACCCAUUGCCUCGGUGGCCUGUGCCAAGCUGGGACCGCGGGUGACCUCAAUCGCUGGGGCAGUGCUAGUUAGCGGAGGCUUCAUCAUAAGCAUCUUUGCCAGCAGUGUAAUAUACCUCUACAUCAGCAUGGGAGUGAUAGUCGGAAUGGGCUUUGCAUUACUAUACCAGUCAUUUUCAGUAAUCACAGCGCUGUACUUCAGAAAACGGCUGGCGACCGCAUACGCGAUUGGUCGAUCUGGAAUGGGUUUGACCUUUGCCCUAGCCCCGUUCACCCAGCUGCUUUUGGACCAGUAUGCUUGGCAAGGUGCAAUGCUGAUUCUCGGCGGCCUCAUGCUGAACCUGGUGGCUUCUGGGAUGCUUUUGAGACCCAUUAAUGUGAAGCCACCUGUAACAAACUCUACAUCUUUGCCUAUCCAAAAGAGCCCUUCUAUUUCCCUUAAGAGCUCUGCAGAGAAGGAAUAUCCUAAAAGCUGCUUGAGCAGCUCUUCUCCUCUAUCCAAUGGUGUCUCCAAGUCUGAUUCUCUCCAGUCCUCUCCUAUACCUCACAGGGACAAUGAAAACUUAAAAGAACAAUCCAUUCAUGGACAAGAGAGCCAGUUAUUGAACUCUGAAUUGACUCGACUGGUCCUCAAUAACAUAAAUGGCCAUGAGCCCCAACAUGACUUAGGUCAGUGUAAGCCUGCAAGUCCAGACAGCCCAGCGGAGAUGAAUGGUACCAUGAAUGGCUCCACCACUGUUGGAGUUCCCCUACACACCGGUGUGCCGACUGCAGUGGCCGUCGUUAAACCCAAAUUAUUGGACUUCACUUUGCUGAAGGACCCAUUCUUUUGCAUCUACACUUGGUCCUUGGUGUUCAGUCAACUGGCCUACUUCAUCCCGUACUUCCACCUGUCUGCCAGGGCCAGGAACCUGGGGAUUGAUGCCAUGGAUGCUUCUUUCAUCAUCUCUGUAGCAGGUAUCACAGAGACUAUCGCCCAAUUGGCCUCAGGUUGGGUGACAGACAGGAACCUGUUUCAUAAAUAUCAUUUCCACAAAGCCUACCUGAUCCUCUGUGGCUUGGUCAACAUGCUCUCCCCUCUGGCCACCUCCUACAUACUGCUGAUGGUGUAUGCGGUCUUCUUUGCAAUCUUCUGCGGUGGUUACAUGGCUCUGUUGCUGCCUGUUCUGGUUGAUCUUGUUGGGUCGGAGAAACUCAAUAACUCCAUGGGUUUCUCCAUGUUCUUUGUUGGCUUGGGUUGCCUCACUGGGCCUCCACUGGCAGGGUUUCUGUAUGACUACACACAGACGUACGACUGUUCUUUCUACCUGGCGGGCCUCUGCUACCUACUCUCAUCCCUCUCCUUGUUCAUGGAGCCGCUCGCUCAGCGCUGGAAAGCCAAGAAGAAACUUUCUCAAAGCCAGAGCUCAGAAAGCAGCUGUAAGAUUAACGGCUGCUUCACCCCUGACCAGAAUGGUGCUGUGUAACAAUGAAACCUGGAAGUUGGACUAACGUGGCCCGCAGAGCCUGGACCCUCUCACCUAAAGCUGGGACCUGGACCAUAACUUUCGGCAAAAAGCGAUACCAGCAUUACAGUAACACAGGAACACACAACGCUCUGGAUAUGUGAUUAUGCAUAAAGAACAAAGCCAAAAUCCUUGUGUUCUGCAAAACAGUUUUAAUAUCAGAAGCACAAACAUCCCAACUGAGGGUAAUCGAGCACACAAAGGAGCGACGUAUUCUACCACCCAAUGCAACAACUAAACUGAACAAUGCAGAGCGAGGAACCAAGCUCCCAAUUCUGUCUCCUGUCUCUGUGACAUUAUCAAUCGAAGCACAUAUCCAUGUGUUGGAUUUGAUGUCUUGAGUAGCAUUUAUCUGUAUGUGUAAAACGUUUUCUCACUGAUAUGCACUUUGGCCAAGUUGUGACUAUGCUGCAUGAUUUCAAACUGCCAGGGAGCCAAAAUACUCAGCAAACCCCCCGCCGCUGUAGCCUGCUGCUGUGUCCCAGAGAAUUAUGUCGUGUAUGAAGCCAAAAAAGCGCAUUGGAAGAUACAAUCCGUGAGAUUAUUGUAGGCAUGUGCUAACAUUUAACUUUAAGCACAGUUCAUGAGUAUGUACGUGUAAGCUAACGUUCAUCCAGGCUAACAGAAGACAUCUUGUCGUUUUAACAUUUCCUGUUUCUUUUCAGUCGGUUUGAACCCAUUCAUCCCAGCUUCUUCCCCUCCACCCGAUCAAUAUUUAGGAAGGCGGUAUAUGUGUUUCAUAACUUUCAAACAGUGGGGUAGCCGGACGGUCGACUUUUUUGCACAACUCUCACUUUAUGCUUUCGUAUAAACCCACACGAACUCUUCACGUCUAUCGCCCCGCAGCUGCUCAUAGACUCACUUUCAUCUCCUAAAUUUAAACUGGCACAAAGCCUGUCUCAGCAUAUUAAGGUCAGCAAGACCUGACACCUAAACUGGCUUUGAUCCCCUAGUAGUUUCUGAACUAGUUUAACAGACAGUUGUGUAAGAAAUACAGCUGUCACUGUUUAUGCAAUACUUAGAGCGCAUUCACACUGCAGUCAGAAUCUAAUUCUCUGUAAUCAUUCACCGUUUUGACUGCCAGCUCCUGUAAAUGGUAAUUCUGACCUUUGAGUCUUUUUGCACGUAAGCUAUGAUAACUACUUCUGCGCAUUUCAACUGAUUUCAUCAUCUCUGCAUCUGUCGUUGCUCACAGUAAUAUAUUGUCCUAUAAAUUUAAAAACAGUUGUACUCUACAGUGCCUUGCAGUUAUUAGUAGUGCUUGAACUUUUUCUCUUUUUUGUCACAUAGCAGCCACAAACGUCAAUUUGUUUUAUAGGAAUUUGAUGUGACAAAAUGGCACAAAGAAGACCAUGAGUGUGAAGUGGAUGAAUACAGAGACACAAUAUGUUUUUUUUUGUUUUGUUUUGUUUUUACAAACAGAAAUAUGAGAAGUGUGCCUUGAAUUUGAAUUCAGAGCCUCUGGAAAAGUUGAAAUUAGAUUUUGAAGUCUUGAGUGUGUCUCUACCAACUUUGCAAAUAAACAGACGUUUUUGCAAGUUCUACUUUUCAAAAUAGCUCACACUCAAUCAGAUUAGAUGGAGACCAUCACUGAGCAUCAAUUUUCAAGUCUUGCCACAAAUUCAAAAUUUUAAUUUAGAUCUUAGACAUCCUAAGACCCAUAGAUGCUUUAAUCUAAAGCAUUUCACUGUUUAUGGUGGUAGCUCCUGCUGGUAGGUGAAUCUCAGCUCCUAGAUUUUUACCUCCAUCCAUCUCCUCAUUAACUCUAACCAGCUUCCAUGUCCUGCAAGAAGAAAAGGCAUCCCCACAGUAGGACGCUGCCGUUGCUGUGUUUAACAGCAGGCAGGAAUGUUCGUUUUUCUUCCUCAAACAUCGUUUUGCUUGUAGUCCGAAAAAUUACCGGAGCUGUGGCGCUCCAUGAGUGCUUUGCCCUCCACAGUGGCAGUUAAUAACUGAAUAGGUAAUAGCUGAGGUUGACAAGGAGCUGGACAGUUUUGUUCAAUUUAGAAGCAAUAAAAAUGCUUAUUUUAGCAGGGCUUCAGCAAUGACGCCAAUAAUACAAGAAAUUGUUGUGUCAUUGUUAUUUUUUUUUCCAUUGUAGCUACAUUCUUUUUCAGCUUUUUUUCAUGAAUGUGUUCAGUUCAGGGAAAAACUUUAAAAACUGUAAAACUUUGAUAUUCUUUUUGUUCCAAAAUCAUAAGAUAGACAUAAAUUCACGGUUUUUUUUACCAAAACGCAAACCAGGUUUUUACUGUAAGCUUAAAAUUUGAGCUGGCAUGGAGGUUUUGCAGCUCUAGAUCAUGUAAUUUUAUGAGAAGUGAGAACAAAAAGGGCCUUUUGGAUUGUAAAGGUUCUUGGAUCCUGCUUGUGUAAUGUCAGUAGAUGUGCAGCUUUGCCAUAUCCAUGGAUGUUCACUACUGUCCUCAAACAAACCUCAGAGAACAGCUGCAUUUAUCUAGGUGCUAGGUGACUUUUGAAGGAAAUUGAUAGCACUGGCUUUUAUUUAGGGGCAUCAAAUUAAGAGGGGAUGAAAACAUAUGCAUUAAAAGCUUAUAAUAAUGUAUUCAUUUUCUUCCACUUCACAAUUAUGCACCACUCAGUGUUCUCUGUCACAUAAAAUCCCAUUGAAACUCACUGACGGUGCGAUUGUAGCAUGACCAAAUGUAAACACUUUCAGCAGGUGAGAACAAUUUUUCAAAGGCCUGUGUUUAAAGUUGCAGUGCCUGCAAGCGCCCGCAAAAUAGAGAAUGUUUCAUUUAGAAAACUUUACUCACAAAGCCUCAGCUGUCGCCUUUUAAAUGCUACAACUAUCGACUACCUUUUUCGUUUUGUUGGCUACAAACUAAAAACUAAUUUUUGACUUUUUACCGAUGCACACCUGGCUGAUCUAUGCAACUACACACUCGUUUGCUUUCCUUUGAAUCAAGGUGCACACGUUUAUUUGCUGCAAAUCCACCGGCUCUUCGGACAAGACAUCCGGUUAGGUUUUUCUGCAAAUUGUGGUCACAGUUGAAUUUAGAGGUGGUGGAGCUAAAUUAGUUUUCUCCUCAGCUGUCUGUGAUUAUUUGUUACUUUGUCAGCUUUGUCUAUAACUCUGUGACCAACUGAUUAUGUGAUGUUGCCCAUUUAGUCUAACAUGGAUAGUUUUUUUCAGACUGUUGCCCAAACUUUCUGGUGCAAACUUACAGUGUCAUUGCAUUUAAACAUGAGGCUGUCGGUUCUUGAAUCUUAUAUAUAUAUAUAUAUAUAUAUAUAUAUAUAUAUAUACACACACACAUAUUUUAGAGUUUUUGUGUGUUUUCAGUGGGUUCUUUUGGGGGUUUUUUUCACCCUUUGCCUUACAGGGUAAUGUGUCUUUUACUAACUUUCCUGUGAUGUCAGCCAAAGAUCACAUUAGAAAACCUACUUACGACUUGAAACUUAUAACUGGGUGGAAAAUAAAAUGCUGUGGAUUGUGACUAUCAUUUAAACUGGUCUCCUCACCCUGAAUUCAAAAUCAGCUGGUGUGUUUUCUCAUGCUGCCCUCUUGUGGACUAAGAAGGCUCCUGCUCCAAGAAUGUUAUCUCAAUUAGCACCAAAUUAUUCCCCCUCAACUCGCUUUCACAAUACUGAGCAAGGCUCUUUGUAUUGUUUCCAUGACGAGUCAUGCACUAAAGCUCUUUUGGCUCACGAGUUGCAUUCACUCACAGCCGCUAUGUUUUUGAGAUUUGGGGCCACUAAGGUUUUUGUACUGUUGAAGAAAAAAAAAAAAAGCUUAUAAAAAAUAUUUGAUGCUUUAAAAGUAUGUAUAUGGUACUCGGUCUUAGACAUCUGGUCCUAAGGUGGCAUUUACCUAGACAACAUACGAGUGUGUGUGUUUUUUGUUUGGUUUUUUUUUUUUUUUUACCUUUUUUUGUUUCUUUGUCAGUGAAUGCAUCACUGGGAGAGGCUCCGUUAGUUUGACGCUUUGGUUCCUGGAUUUGUCUGGCAAAUAAACUUAACCAAUAAUAGGCAUUCUGUUCCAAGAUUUAGAUUUCAUUUUUAAAACUUGUAUUGGUGCCCAACUCAGAUGUAAUAAAAAUGAUUUCUGACUC